GUCUACCUUCGAUUAUCGUGGAAGUGUAUCGAAAUUAUUGACGUGCUUUAAAUUUAUCUAUCGUUAUUCUGCUAGGGAAGCGAUUAUUGCAACAUGACGAUGGCAGAAGAGAACGGUACGAUCGAUACAUUUACUAACGCUGCCCAAAAAAAAAAUAGCAUAACUGGAAAGGUAGAAGAUCUGAUAAAUAAAGAAGAUGAAAUUACUCUAGAAGAUUUGGCACCAGACGGUGGCUGGGGAUGGAUGAUUGCACUAGCAAUGAUAUUAAUUAUGGUCACUACAAUAGGUCCAAUGUCAUCAUUUACUAUAAUCUUUGGUGAUUUCCUCGAAGAUUCCGGACAGGCGGGGAUGGCAUCGAGCCUUUCUAAUUCCGUUUUUAUGGUUACUUAUUCUAUUGCCAGCUUGCUCACCAAUACAUUGUUAAAGAGAUAUUCUACAAGGCCGGUCGGAAUCGUAGGUGCAAUCUUCUUUGCGUUACCUAAUAUCGUCAUAGCCUUCGUCAGAAACAUAUACGAGAUGGCUUUUGUCUGUUUUAUUCAAGGUUUUGGAUUGGGCCUAAUUUUUACAAUUACCAACACAGUUUUCAACUCGUACUUUGUAAAGAAGAGGGCAAAAGUAAUGUAUGCGUCGCAAGUCAUCAUUGGGUUGGGCGGAAUUAUUUUUCCUACAUUAUGUGAAAAAAUGCUGCCAAUCUACGGUUUUCGCGGUACUGCGGCAAUAAUAGGCGCUCUAAGCCUCAAUAGCGUCGUUGGAAUGAUAAUGAUGCAUCCCGUGGAAUGGCAUGCCAAGAAGCUGGAAGAUGUUCGUGCGGAAAAAGCGCGCGAGAAGGAACAAAAAAUUUCUCAGGAAUUGGCACUGUCGAAUCGUCGUUCAACUAUUGACGUGGUCCACUUAUCUUUUAAGACUAAAUGGAACAGUCUUUGUAGUCUCAAGGAAGGAAGAGGUUCAGAAAUGCCGUUGCUAAUUGAAACUGUUAAGGCUUCUGCGCAAAGAGUCGCGUCAGUCCCAGCAAUUGAGAGUCACGGAAGAGCAAAAUCAGGAUCUAUAUGGGAAAAUUUAUCGAGGCGUACAUUGGCUAUCUCGGCUCCUAGCUUAGUUAAUUUGGCGAAUCGCACGACUUGUAUAUUGAGCGAUAUACGACUAUUUCAUCUGGAAAAGAAGUACAGUGAAAGACAGAUAGAUACAGACAAUCGGGGGAAGGAAAAGAAACAAAAUAAGGAAAUCAUAGAAAAGAAAGAGAAACAAAAUAAAGAAGUUCAGGAGGAGGAAGAGAAACAAGAUAAGGAAAUCCAGGAGAAAGAAGAGGCGCAAGACAUUGAGAAAGAACAAAAGAUGACAGGGUAUAAAACCAUUUUGAGAGAACUUGUGGACAUGUCCUUGGUGAAGAACCUCUGUUUCAUAAAUUUAUGCUUUGGCGUCAGUUUUGUGUGCUUUUCCGACUUUGGUUUUUCUUUUCUUCUUCCUCUUAUGAUGACUGACGCGGGAUACCCAAAAACCUAUGCCGCAUUAAGUGUCACAGUUAGUGGAAUAGCUGAGCUGGCGUCGAAAAUUUUAUUGUCAGUUUUUACACUGAUAAUAAACAUAAAAUCGAAGUAUAUAUUCUUUGUCGCCACAAUCUUGAUGGGAUUCGCAAGAAUGGGUUUUCUGCUAUGUGAACAUACAUUUAAAGGCGCGUUAAUUACGAUAGCAUUAAUCGGCGCCGUGCGAUCGUGGCUGCUAGUUCCGCAGCCUUUAGUUAUCAUAGAAGACCUCAACAUAGAAAAAUUUGCCUCCGCUUACGGUAUCAACUCUGUUAUCAGCAGUUUAGUUACGAUAAUUUUUGGUGCCAUUGUAGGAAUUAUUAAGGAUUGGACUGGUAGCUACGAAAUGUAUCAAAUUUCGCUACUAGUAAUGAAUAGUGUAUUUAUUUUACCUUGGAUUUUGCAAUUCACUUUUGUAGACUUUAGAAAAUGGCGAAAGCAACGCGCGCAGAAAGCUAACACUACAGACCAUCAAUGGGAAUAA